AGGUGCUUUUUACUUUCCUUGACCCCGCUACGAAAAGAACCUUUGAGGACGUAAGUUUCUCAUUGAGUAGGUACUCAGUUGAUUUUUUGUGGUCUCGCGUCUUUUUACAAGUUGCAGAAUCACAUUGUUCGACUUAGCAAAAGAGGUGUUACGUAAACGUAAUAUCACGCCCCGGAAGGAAGGAAGGAAGGAAGCUGCUCCCGAUAAAGGAUCAUCAACAACACUUCUGGGAUCAACACUGAGUACUUGUUUAUUUUGUUGGCAUUACUUUAAUUUAUUUUCAGGAUUAUUAAUUAUAAUAGGUACUCAUGUCGCACAACCAUAACAUUAACAUAAAGAACAUAAACGUCUAGAGAGCAGAAGGAGAGAGACAUUAUUUGAAAAUCUUUCGUCAGAGAUACAUAUUUUCUGUUUUGAGUGCUACUAUGAGUGUUCUUUUCUGUCGAGCGAUUCGUUUGUCUGUGGAUUUUUCGUCGAGAGUACAUGCUCCACUGAGAGUCAUGCCAUCUGUCCGAGAGUGGAGAGUCAAGUUCCUUCCUUUUAUAUAUGUAAGACAUCGCAACAUUUUACUCAUCUGGGGCCUUCACAUAUACUUGCUUUCAACUUCUAGGUUUAGCCAGCAGUGUGUCAGAACUCGUACUAGUCGACCGCAAACCAAGAUUGGCUACUUUACAGUGGCUUAGGUCCAGCGACGCUUAAGGUCUUCUUAGGGAGGACUUGCUACCCUCCCUACACCGGUUCUGAUAGGCUGACUGAUGUAGUUUCUCGGGGUAUAGGGUGUACACAGGUCUUCCCCUCUUCUGGCUGGGCUAGCCUUUUUUGAUCUCUUUCCCCCUUGUUGGUUUAAGAUUUCAAACAUUUCCCUGACUAUGUGACUCUCAUCUGGUCUUGCUUACUCCAGCUCUUCUAGCGUGGUACUUUCUCUUGAGUUUACACCUUACUAUAAUCGCCAAUACUAAUGGUUGUUCCUUGUUUAUUUUGUUGAUCAUGAGUACUGUUGUCUUGUUUCGUCGUGCUAGACAGAAUAUACUCUCAUGAAUGUUUUAGUUUCAUACCUCCACGUUCUAGCUUCCCUCUUCUAGGCUUCCAUGUUUGAGCUUCCCUGUUUUAGGCUUCCCUGUUUUAGGCUCUAAUUUAUUGUUAGCCACCCCUUCUGAUCUUCUUGUAUGCUUUGCCACCCCUUCUGAUGUCACCUUCAUCCAGGUUGUGGAGAGCUGGCGAGUCAAAGCAUGGAGAACCACGUCAUGUGGGAG